AUGUCUGCUCUUAAGGCCGGUGACUCUUUCCCCGAAGGUGUUACUUUCACCUACGUCGCGCCCAGCGGUGACACAGACCUUACCGUCUGCGGUCUUCCCAUCCAGUAUGAUGCCAGCAAAGAGUUCGCGAACAAGAAGGUCGUCCUCGUCGCCGUCCCCGGUGCCUUCACCCCCACCUGCCAGCAGCAGCACGUCCCCUCGUAUCUGGCCAAGCUCGAGGAGUUCAAGUCCAAGGGCGUCGACCAAAUUAUCUUCAUUGCCAGCAACGAUGCGUGGGUAAUGGCCGCUUGGGGCAAGGCCAACGGUGUUAAAGAUGAGUCUAUUCUUUUCAUGUCCGAUGCCGACUGCAAGUUCAGCAAGACCAUCGGUUGGACCCAGGGUGACCGCACCAAGCGCUAUGCUAUUGUCAUCGACCACGGCAAGGUUACCUACGCCGAGUUGGAUGAGGUGCCUAAGAGCAUCGCCAACACUGGUGCCGAGGGUGUCCUGGCUAAGCUCUAA